GCGUGGUGUUACAUAAUGACCGACCGUAAGAUUUGUAGUUUGUAGCCUGGCCUUCUUUCUUUCUCUCAGCAACCGCCGUAAGUAACUGUGCACCGUUACCUGCUCUUUUCUUCUGCACACAAAAAACUAAACCUACAAACCAAAAAGAGAAAUGCAACAAGCAGCAGAAGAUCCCCCGACCAAGAUGACGCCUCAACCAAUAGCCCAAUCUUCCACCAUGAGCUGUAGUAGUGGGAGCAGCCACAGCAGCAGCUGCAGCAGCAGUCACAGCCACAGCAGUGUUGUGGAAGCGUUUGAGGAAGAACCUACUUCAGUAGUAGCCGUUCCUCUGGGAGAACCAGAAGCCGAAGAUGAAUUGCACAAGGAAGCCGCCGCCAGUGCUUCUACAUCCUCCUCAUCCUCCGACACUGUCAUCAAGGAACCCAAAUUGGGCCACUCGUUCUUCUUUUUCCUGUGUGACAUGAGGCGCGCGGUGGUGCUGUUGGACUCGAUCGGGAUUGUGAUUGGAGUUGUCAUGCUGGGCGUUGAAAUCAACGCGUACAUGACAGGCUCGGACGAUUUCAAAAUGCCGCUCAUGGCCGAUUCGACCGCACGAGAACACGGCUUUGGAGUGAUUAUGGUCCUGAAAUGUAUUUCGAUUGUCUGUCAUUUGGCCGGCAUUCGAGGGGCGAUGCGAUUUCAAAUUUGUCCGCUGAGUUUUGCCACUCUUUGGGAUUUCAUUUACGGCGUCUUGGCCAUGUACGACAGUUACUGGAUCGGAUUCACCAAAUCGCUUUUGGUGCUCUAUCCGCAUGUCGUUCUCUGUUCCGAGAUCAAUCAAGGAAUCAUGACGCCAGAGACAUAUGGGCCACGAGAAAAACAAUCCAUUUGUGGUGUUUGAAUGGAUUCAAUUCGAUUCAAUACACUUUCACUUGCGGCAAAUUAUUUCUCACGUCAUGGAAAUCAAUGAGGUACCGACGCUUCCAUCGACAGCUUGGCGGCCCAACCGAGUGAGGCACCAAUAGAACACAGCAGCAGACAAACAGUGGAAAACAAACGAGACCAGCUAGCAACAACUCUGGAGCGCUAUUGAGGCAAGUCCUUCAACGAUGAUUGGCUACCUGGCUAGACAACUCUCUAGCUAGCUACAGUAGCAAGAAAUCCAACCGAAAAUCCAACAUUCUGCUGCGCUGUACUGUAACAAUUGUAAAGAUAGGACCCAAUUAUUGUAAUC